AUGUAUACCGUAAGGGCCUCGAGUGAGAUAUCUACCACCGAGCACAUCCUCCCCAGCACGGUGUUCUUGAGUGCCCGCAGCAGUGUUCCCAGCCACGGCGUUGAGGAGGUAGUCAACGAGGCGUCUGAAGAUGUCGACGGCGGUGUUAACGUUGACUUUAGCCACAUUCUCAUCCUCAUCGGAGUUAUCCGUUCGCCGCGUUAUGAAGACGCAUUUCGACAGUUCUUUGACAAACAGCCUGCGGCAAUAAGGCAUAUUGUUCAGCACCUGAUCGCACUGCGCAGUCCCCUCGGCUCCGAAGCAAAGUCUGAUAAUCCUUGCGUUAUACUGGUAGUUGAAAAACAGCCAGUCCACGAACAGCGCCAUCUUGAUGUUCGCCAACUCCAGGCACCCGCUUCCGACGCUGCAGUUGGUGGCUAUGUUGAGCAUCCAGCAGCAGAACGUGCCCACGUUGUAGCUGGUGUGCUGCAAUGUGCGUUUGGCUAUCCUGGGGUACGCCACGAUCGCAAACCUGAUGACGCUUGCGAUUUUCUCCAGAGCAAAAACUGUCUUGGUUAUUUUGAAGUAGCGCAGCAAGUACCAGUUCAUAAGAUAGCUAAGGACACUUGGUUCUGCUGUGAGAAUGGAUAUGACGAAGGCAGCCUCUUCGUGAUACAACGAUUGCGCCACGACGUCAUAUUGGUCCAUCCUGGCGAGUAUGAGGUCGAGGGGUUGCACUCGCACAGUCUUCGUAUGGUCCUCGAACGUUUCCAACGUGAGCAGGUCGGACCAUAUAUUGAAUUUGAUCGCCUGCACUCCUGA